UUUAACCAUGUCUAUUUGAACUAAUAAACCACAUCAAACACUACAUAAACCACUGUAUCAUGUCAUACCAAAGUCAGGUAACUCAAUAUCUAAAAAUUCGAACUUGGUGGUCAAAUUUGAAAUCUUUGCACAUGCAUAUAAAGAAAAGAAGUACACAAUUAUAUACUUUAGUGUCAAUUCUUUUCUUCCCAAAGUGAAAUACCCAUUAAAUUUUCCAAGGUAUCUUUUGCUUUGUACUUAGCUACCACAUACGUUUUUUACUUUUAGUUUACUACAUAAACCUCACAAGCCACAACACAAAUCACAUUACUUGCCUAUUAAUUCCACUAAAAUGGAUAACAAGAUUGGCUCUCUACCGGUCAGAUCCGAACCAUCAGCCCGACCCAUAUCCCGUCACCACUCAACGAGUUACAUUGAUAGGGUCAGAGAAAGCCUCACAACAAGAGUAUCCAAAUUCAUAUGUGCCAUUUUCUUAUCUCUUUUGUUAUGUUUAGGCAUUGUUUUUUUCAUAUUAUGGAUCAGUCUACGUCCUCACCGACCCCGUGUCCACAUACGCGAGUUCUCUCUCCCCGGUUUGGGAAAAACCGACGGGUUUGAAACCUCUCAUAUAAGCUUCAAAAUAACGGUUCAUAACCCAAACCAAAAAGUUGGUGUUUACUACGACUCCAUGGAAGGAUCCGUUUACUACAAAGAGAAACGGGUCGGGUCGACUAAACUCAUUCACCCAUUAUACCAGGACCCAAAGAACACAAGCUUGGUCGAAGGAGACUUACGUGGGCCCACAAUGGCGGUGAAUAAGGACCGUUGGAAGGAGAUGGGACGAGAGAGGAAUCAAGGGAAGGUUGUGUUUCGUUUGGAUGUGGUUUCCGUGAUACGGUUUAAGGUGUACUCGUGGCACAGUAAGAUGCAUAGGAUGCACGCAAACUGUUAUAUCGAGGUCGGCUGGGAUGGCAUGUUGUUGAGCAGGACCAAAGACAAGAGAUGUCCGGUUUAUUUCACUUGACCCAAUGUGUCGCAUUUAUGAUUUGAACCAUUUUCUUUUCUACUAAUGUGAUUCCAAUUUGAUUAGUUCAACAUAUCGGCUGUAUCUAAACAUUUUUUUAAAA